GAACGACUGAAAUCAAGUUAAUCAUCUAAUCUCCAAAACAGCAUGGUCAAAGUCAAAUCCAUGUGUUCUUCCCCUUCAGUUAAAAGUUCUAUAUCGAAGAUUUUACUGUUCCAAAAAUGUUGGCAACUCACGCGCCACCUUCCUUGAUAAAGCCGCUUGUCUUCUUUAACUUUUCUUCUUCAUUGUCUACUCUCUCUGCGAUUCUUUCACCAAUCCCACCUGCCAGGCUUCUCCGCUUUCGUGCUCGUCUGACCUCACUCCGUGCUCUCAUCAUCAUGUCUGGGGCAAAAUCCGUCGCCACUGACUACUCAUCGCCGGAACACGUUGCCGGGAACUGGUAUUCGGUGCCGGACCUCCGACUCCGAGACCACCGAUUUAUGGUCCCUCUCGAUUAUAAAAGUCGUGAAACUUCUUCUAAGAUCUCCAUUUUCGCUCGUGAAGUCGUUGCCGUUGGGAAAGAAGAGCAGCCAAUGCCAUACCUUUUAUAUCUGCAAGGUGGGCCUGGUUUCGAGUGUCCUCGACCAACUGAAGCUAGUGGAUGGAUACUUAAAGCCUGCGAAGAGUUUCGGGUUAUAUUGAUGGAUCAGCGAGGAACCGGUUUAUCAACCCCUUUGACUCCAUCAUCUAUGCAGCAAAUAAAGUCUGCCCAGAAUCUGGUUGAUUACUUGAAACAUUUUCGAGCUGAUAAUAUUGUCAAUGAUGCUGAAUUCAUCCGUGUUCAUAUUGUUCCUAACGCUGGGCCUUGGACCGUUUUGGGUCAGAGUUAUGGUGGUUUUUGUGGAGUUACUUAUCUGAGCUUUGCACCACAAGGAUUGAAACAAGUGCUUUUAACCGGAGGGAUACCUCCAAUAGGAGAUGGAUGUACUGCAGAUGCUGUAUAUAGAGCUUGCUUUGAACAGGUUACUCAUCAGAAUGAAAAAUACUACAAGAGGUUUCCUCAGGACGUUGAAAUUGUUCAAGAUGUUGUUACUUAUUUGGCAGAAGCUGAAGGAGGCGGGGUCCAUCUUCCUUCUGGGGGAAUCCUAACCCCUAGGGGGCUGCAAUUUCUUGGUUUAUCUGGUUUAGGGUCCAGUGCAGGUUUUGAACGGCUGCAUUAUCUGUUUGAGAGGGUCUGGGAUCCGAUGUUAGUUCCUGGAGCACCAAAGCAGAUUAGUUCAUACUUUUUAAAUGCUUAUGAGAGCUGGUUGUCUUUUGAUACAAACCCACUUUAUGCUAUUCUCCAUGAGUCAAUAUACUGCCAGGGUGCUUCAUCACGUUGGUCUGCUCAGAGAGUAAUGGCUGACCAUGAGAGCAAAUUUGAUGCAAUCAGGGCUGCAAAUGAAAGACGUCCCAUACUUUUUACUGGGGAGAUGAUAUUCCCAUGGAUGUUUGAUGAAAUUCAUUCUUUGAGGCCUUUCAAAGAUGCUGCCCAUUUAUUGGCUGAGAAGGAAGAUUGGCCUCCACUGUAUGAUGUCACUGCAUUGAAAAAUAACAAGGUACCGGUAGCAGCUGCUGUAUAUUACGAGGAUAUGUAUGUUAAUUUCAAGCUGGUCAUGGAAACAGCUACUCAGAUAGCAGGAAUUAGGUUAUGGAUAACUAACGAAUACAUGCAUUCUGGACUCCGGGAUGGAGGUGGACAAGUUUUUGAUCACUUGAUGGGAAUGAUAAAUGGAAAAAAGCCAUUAUUCUGAUUUCUUUGUAGAGAUAAUUUUUCAGUGACGAAAUUGUUCAGACACCCUUAGAAUUCAGAAUGAAGCCUGUGUAUUAUGAGCAACCAAAAGUGUUUGACACUGAGCUUGUAUCUGCAACUUCGUAUUUGAUUGUUCGGUUUCCUUCAUCAUAUAUAAAUAAUCGUACCUUUGGAUGUGAUUUAUGAGAUAUAUCUUAAAUUAAUUUUUGUUGCAAAACAAGUGAAUUUG